CAACAUUGACAAUAAGACGUGUCAAAAGUUGACAAAAAGAAAUUUUCUUAUUUUUAUGUUGUACAUAAUAAAAAAUUAAAGUUUUUGUUAUUAAAUUAAAAAGAAAAUUAUUGCAAAAAAAUAAAUAAUGGCUGCAGCAGCACCAGUGCGUACUAAUUGGCAUCCGUCCAAGAAACACAGUGAUGUAGAAAGAUGGAUUUGCAUUUAUCCAGCCUAUAUAAACAGCAAGAAAACUAGACAGGAGGGACGUCGUCUACCCAAGGAGAAUUGUGUUGAAAAUCCUACUUAUGCUGAAAUCAGAGAUGUUUUGUCUGUCACCAAUAUGAGAGUGGGAGUGGAAAAUAAACAAUAUUGCCGAGAGAAAAGUAGGGAACUUAAAUUCCGUGGCAGAAUACGCGUACAAAUGCGUAAUGAUGAUGGCAGUUUCUGUAAUCCCGAAUUGAAUAGCCGUGAAGCUAUUAUGUUGUAUGUUGCUAAUAAAAUUCCCCAACUUAAGACACGCCAGGGAAAACCUACUGAACCAGUCAGCCAACAACAACAAGUGCAACAGCCCAGUAGUAGUUCCGGCGGUGGUGGUGGUGGUGGUGGCAAGAAGGGCAAAGGCAAGAGACGUUAAUUGUUUAUGGUAUAUUUAAAAAUAACUUCAAAGGAAAGAAGAUUAUUUGGUUUUUCGAGUUUGUUAUACAUUUUCACUUUUCUUUCAUAUAUAAUAUUUUUGAAAAUAAAAAAAUUUGCAUUUAUUAUUUUGCAAAAUA